UCCGGACACCAUUCUAGUCUUGAUUAUGGCAGUGAACAAUGAAAUUGGGAUCAUCCAACCCUUGAAAAAGAUAGGAGCAAUCAUCCGCCGGCAUAAGGGAGUCUUUUUCCACACUGAUGCUUCUCAAGCUGUGGGGGAAACUCAUCUCCAAAUUGCAAGCCAAUUAUAAUUUGGAGAAUGAGUGGGAGAAACUCAGACAAUCCAGUAGUGAGAAGACAAGCGGCCGAUCAGCAACCGGAAGAGUCCGAGGACACAUUGAGUGUCAGAGGAUCAUGCCUCUUAGACGGCACGAAUUGUCAUCCGACACCAUUUUGUUGCAGAGGCAACAAUUAAAGCGACCAGGAGCAAGCGUUGAGGAGGAAACUGAGGAGGUGAGCUUGGUCGAUACUGAUCAAGAGCAAGAGUUUCAGAGGCAACUAAAGGAUGAACAGGCUACCGGAUCAGGCAAGAGAUCAAGUCGAUAG